AUGGGAUGCGUUUCCUCAGAUGAGACAUAAACUUUAACAUUUGAAGACUUUUAAUUUUUGAAAACAGGAACUUUAUCAAUUGAAGUAACUUAAUUGAUAUAUGUUGUGAACAAUUUGUUAAAAGAAGUUCACUAAUUAUAUAAAUAAGUUGAGAGUAAUAGGAUCAUACUUUUUCGCAUUACAAAGGUAUUAAACAUUUGUAAUUUAGGUUUCCCUAACAGCAAAUGAAACUCUAAUUGAUGCAUUUGGAUUUUGGACAAGAUUUGUAUCAAUGUGUAAUUUAGGACAAGGAAAGCAAAAUGGAGUUUUUUUUAAACUUGAAGAAGAUGGUAUAUUUUGAUAAAAUCUGAAACUUAGGUAAAAGUCUAAUUUAUAAUUUGGGUCUGAAUGGGGACUUAAAACUAUAAUGGUUUGGAGAAGUUUUAAAUGACUAUUUUAAAGCAAUUGUUGAUAUAAGUGCUUGUAUUCCAACGAUUUUGGAAUAGCUGAAAUUUUUAAAAGAUAAGAUCUUUCAACUUGGAUCUAAUCUAAAAGAAAAGAAUCACGUGUUUGAUUAUAAUAUGCUAUUAUUAAAGUUUAACUUGAACUUCACUAAAAUAAUUAACAUCAAAAUAGUAAAGUAUAAUGAAGAAAUUGAAUUUUUUAAAAAGAAUUACUAACAAGUGGUUGAAAAAGCAGAUGAAUAAGGAUUAAAACUUUAUUAAAAAUUUGGAGCUAAGCAAUUAAAUGAUCGAUAAAAAUAUCGCAUGAAAUUAAAAAUAAAUCAAAUUAUGGAAUAAUGUUUUUAAGGGGAAAUGAGAUCUGAAAUAUAACAAGACAUAUAAAAUAAAUAGAAAGAAAAGAGAAAAGCACUUAAGCCAAGUUGGACAUUUGGAGAUGAUAUUGGAAUAGGAAUUAAAAAAUUCCCAUUUCGUGUAAGAUGGACUGGAUGUAAUUGUGUAGAUCAUUCAUUUUUUAUAAUUUCUAAUUAUUUAGAAAAUCAUAGUAAACAUCUUUUACAGCUAAGGAAAUUAUCAGUUGUAUUAAGAUAUUUAACAUAAUCUCAUAAAACAAAUGAAGAUAGUCUACCUAGAGCAUGGUUUAUAUUUUGCAGACAUCUCACUCCUAAAGAGAGAACUAUUGUUUAAUCAAAUUCUACUAUAUUAGAUGGAUUAAAAAAAUUUAAACUAAAAAACCCUUAAGCUGAAAAAUGUAGAUAAUACUUUAUUGAAUACAUAUAACUUUUUGAUUAAGAUUAUUUAAAUCAAUUAUAAAUUGAAUGGUAAAAUUAUUUAGAAGGAUAAGCUAAAGUAUUAUCAUUAUGGUCAAAUAAUUAAAUUUUCUCAACAGAUGAAUUUAAAGCUUUAAAGGUUGCUGAUAAAUAUUAUGCAUUAACAAGUAUGUCAAAAAAUGUUUAUGCUCUUUAAUCUUAUUAUCCUAUUGCAACAUAGAUAUAUAACACAGGUAAAUUAUAUUAAAUUUAUAUUAGUAUAUUAAAAAAAAUUGGAAAAAGGAAAGAUUCUUCUCAAUUAAUUAUCAUAAAUUUAUAAUUCCUCUGGAUAUUGUGCUCUUCCUUUCGAUAAUUUGUAUGCUUAAAACCCUAUUGAAGAUGAUUAAGCAAAAGCUAAAACAAAAGAAAUUAAGUUUCAUUAUGCCUUUACCAAAUUUACAUAAAAAUAAUGAGCG